GCACAUUGUGGACACACGCACAGGCGCUGGUAGGGACCGGCGCUCGCUUUCCAGGAGCUUCUCAGGAGCACCCAUCCCUUGCUGCCAACGGAGAGGGCCACCUUCAUCCCACCAACCUCCCCCUGCCCUGCAAGAUGGUGAAGUACGGCCUCGACUACACGCGGUGCAGAUGGAUCCUACCCCUGCUCCUGGGCAUAGGCGUCAUCUUCGGCAUCAUCGCCUUGGCGGGCAGGGGCUGGCUGGAGUCGCAGACCUUGCCCUACGUGCACCAAGCGUCGUUAUGGGAGAGCUGCACCCGGUCUGGCCCGGGUGCACCAUGGAACUGCGAGUCCCUCAUGGGUUAUGCUUGGGGAAGAGCUGCUGCUGCCACAUACCUGGUCGGCUUUUUACUUCUAGUCAUCUGCUUUGCUCUGGCCAUCAUCGCAUUUGCCAUUGACACGCUUCGGUUCAACUUCAUACGCGGGAUCGGAGGCUUGCUUUUUGUGGCUGCUGUGUUCUCCAUCAUGGGCCUGGUCAUUUAUCCAGUAAAGUUCUCCUCCGAAAUCGACAUGGUAGGAAUCAAUAUGUUCAGCUGGGCCUACGGCUUUGGCUGGACCACUGCCAUUAUGGAAAUAUGCUUGGGAUUCUUCUUCUGCUGCCUUCCUAACUACGAAGAUCAGAUCUUGGGUAAUGUGAAGCCCACAUAUUUUUACUCUUCCCCAUAAGCACCAGGAAAAAUGCAUUUGUAUUCCAGAGAUAUAUCACAGACCAACUACGUUUUCCAGAAUAUCGUCAUUGGAUGUUAGUAGAAAAGGCUGGAAACUUUUCAAAUGUGUACAGAAAAAUGGUACUGGCAUUCUGCAAUAAAGUUAUCUACUCUAUUUUGGACCUUCAUAUCUGAUGCAGGUUUAUUAGAUAAAGUCUAACCACUAAAAAAGCCCUUUGUGUAUCCACAUUCAUUCCCAUGAGGAUGGUGUAUGUGGAUUCCAUUGCAUCUUAAAUGCAUUUAUAUUUCUAACUAAAUUCAGAAAAUCUUUUUAAACUGCCAGUAAACAAAAGAACGUAUAUCAUCUUCCUGAAGGAAAGCAGCUCACAAAAAUCCCCUUUUGUAUGUAUCAUCUUACUUUAAUCUGACUAUUUUGCAUGUUCUUCAAGAAGCCAAAUGCCUUAAACGCUGACUGCCAAAGCAGCAAAUUAGUGAAGCCAACACUUCAUAGUUUUGCUUCCAUUUUUCUUUCAUUCAUCUAAGCCAUAGGGACAGGGUAAGAAAAGACAAGAGAAAGUCCCCUACCAAAGCCAGCAUCUUGUCUAUUACCCAUCCAUGUGGAAUGUAAGUAUUUGUUUCUGAAUAUUUUUAAGAGUAAGGAAAGGCCAUCAAUAGACCCUUAAAAAUCCUGGCAGCACGGAGCAGGCAAAGGCAGAGAGGAUUUCAAGCCACCCCUGCAACCUACAGACGUGGUUCAAAGUGGCUGCUGGUGGGGUUUUCUUCAUGGGUAUCUGCUUCUUUUACCUCCUGUAUCAAAAUCUAUGGCUUUAAAAAGCUCUGUCAUACUGGUCCAGCUCUUUUAUCUAGCAGAGAAGGGUCAGGAAGGACUUCAGCAGAGGUAUGGUUCCCCUUGGUGGACUCAGCACACAUCAGGACUGGAGCUGGAGCCAUAUGAACGUGGGUGUCAAACAUUUGUUAAAAGACCCUUUUUUUUCGUGGGUUUGCUGUUCGUAAGUCUUUUAAAAGUGGAAAAUGUAUACCAUGAGAUGUAACUGUAAAAUGCAUAAGUAUCUCUUACCAUCUCAUACUAAGGCUCUCAUAGAGAAAAAUCAGGUCAUAAACCACCUUCCAGUAUCUUACACUCCACAGUGCUGCAAACCCAGACACAGUGCAGUCAAAACUCUGCUGGUUCUGCCUUGUUAAUCCUAAAUUUAUAAUGCUCCAUUUCUCCUCUUAAGUGAAAAAAAGAAAUGGAUAAUUCUGCUACGUGGAAAAAGAAGUCCCACUGAAAUCUUAGUUACAGAGGAUUACUGACUUCUAACACAUCUGCAAUUUUCUAACUAUCUGUAUGAAAAGAGCCCCAGGAAAUGUUUUUAACUGCAAAGAAUGAGAGGUAGGAAAAUAUUUUGGUAAAACCUCUGGGAAGCUAAAAUUAAUAAAGGCACAGGACUUAAACCUUUUUUUUUUUUUUAAAAGUUAUUAACUCCAUUCACUUUUAUGGAGUGACUUUAAGCUUUGAUCAAUAAACAUGAGAGGUGUAUCAAACAAAUGGGGAGAGUAUAUGCAACAGGGAAUAGUUAGACAAGAACUUGCAAAUACAUUAAGAAGAUGUCUCCUAGUUGGAUGGAAAUUAAAAAGAAAGGGAGCUGAGAAAGCAAUUUGCAUAAAAUGGCUUGCAGUUCUUUAUGUAAUGUUUUAUGUUCAGGAAAAAAAUUAUCAUGAGUCUUUUCACUAUGUUUAUUAUACCUAAUAAAUGAUGGUACCUGUGUAUUGUUUCAAAA